AUGUACACUCUCGAAGAAGUGCAAAAGCAUAAUAAGCCAGAUGACAUCUGGAUUGUACUACACAACAAAGUUUACGAUGUCACAAAGUACCUUGAGGACCAUCCUGGUGGCAGUGCCAUCCUGAUCGAAGUGGCCGGGACAGAUGCCACCGAGGCGUUUGAGGAGACCGGCCACUCUGACGAGGCCCGAGAGGAACUUGUCAAAUUCCACAUUGGUGAUCUCCCCAGUGAGGAGUAUGCUGAGACAGUCGAAGUCUACCGUCCUACAUUCGAGGCAGUCGCCCAGACCGCUGUCAUUGACACCCUGAACGGACAAUCGAGCCGUCUUCGUACCUGGACUGUCGCCUUGAUAAAACUUGGGCUUACCGGUGCUCUGGGAGUGGGAUUGUUCGCCAGUUACAGAGAUGGAGGCGGUUCAAUUCUCCCGUCCCUGAAAAAACUGUCGACACAAGCCUCAGCCCUCUUGCGCAACAAGCCAAGCUCCUCCGGCCAGUUUUGGACUGGCGUUGGCAUUGCCAGUGCUGCACAGCUGUCUUUGACGAUCGGUCUGGCGAUGUGGAUCUCGACCCGUCUUGACGUGCAACAGGAGUUCACCCAUUACUCGGCCCACCGAACCACGCGUCCGGACAAGAUUAUCUUCCACAGAAAGCUCUUGCCAUCCACACCCAGCAAGACCAUCAAGAAGGUCUCACCGCUUGAUCCACGUCAGUGGAAGAGCUUUCCCCUGGCUAGCAAGGAGCUCACCUCGCUGAACGUCUACCGUCUCGUCUUCAACCUCCCGAAUGCCGACGACGUCUUAGGUCUACCUACGGGACAGCAUAUUGCACUGCGUGCAGACGUCAACGGCAAAAGCGUCUCUCGAUCUUACACACCCAUCUCAAAUAACACGGACCUCGGCCGGAUCGAACUGCUGGUCAAGGUGUAUCCGCAAGGCCAGAUGACCAAACAUCUCGAGCAGAUGAAGGUUGGCGAUACGAUCGAUAUUCGAGGACCCAAAGGUGCAAUGCAAUACAGGUCUUACGCAAAACAUAUAGGAAUGAUUGCGGGUGGCACGGGUAUCACGCCAAUGUACCAAUUGAUCCGGGCUAUCUGUGACGAUGAAGCUGAUUUGACGCGAAUCGACUUGCUUUAUGCUAAUAAUACCGAGGAAGAUAUCUUGCUGCGGGCUGAGCUUGACAAUUUUGCGGCGCGCUUCCCGGAUAAAUUCCGGGUGCAGUACGUACUUUCUAACCCCGGAAAGAACUGGGCUGGGCAUAGGGGCUUUGUGACGCAGGAUUUGAUCAAGCGUUAUUUACCUGCAGCAGAUGAGAGUAACAGAGCUCUUCUAUGUGGGCCGCCUCCUAUGGUCAAUGCUAUGAAGAAGGCUCUCGUAGAGUUGAAGUGGAAAGAGCCCGGGGUAUUGUCGAAGGCAACGGAUCAGGUGUUUUUGUUUUAA